AUGUCCCUCCCUACUUCCUUGUCCUCCUACACGAUGGAUGUUCUGUGCACUCACAACAUAUACUUGCCAUAUGUAACCGCAUCUUCCCUCGCAAAAGUGGACAUCCACUCUUGCAUAGAAGACCUCACGUCCCAUUUCUCCUUGCUACGCGAUGCGCCGCCUACUUUGAAUAACCUCGCAACACUCCUCGACGAGGCCGUCUUCGGAAUCUGGGCGGCUCUCGAGUCGAGUAUUUUGGAUACCAAUUCCCUCCUUGAACUCGCGCGCACAAUCGAAAGAAUCAGACAGGCUAUAUUUAUGAACAACACGUUCGCCCGGUCACCUUCAACGUACGCGAAUGAGAAGGUGAAGAGCGGGUCCAAGCUCGGGAGCGUUCUUAAACUCCUAGACGCCGCCGAACGGUGGGAUGCUCGCUCCAAGAACAACAUCUUUGCGUCACAAUUCAAGGUCCUGAACAAUGUCAUCAUCAGGCUAUGGACUAUUUUUGAUUCAGCAGUCUUAUUGGACUGUAUCCCAUACCUCGAUUACGAACCGCCGCAGAGUAAAUCCGAAGACGUUGAGGAAAUGUAUUGUCACUGA